UUGGGUCCGGCCCUGGGGAAUCAUAUCAUGUCGCGCCCGAAGAAUCAAAAUUACAAGGGCCAUGGACUGUCAAAGGGAAAAGAGCGAGAGCAGAGAGCAUCAAUCCGAUUCAAGACCACUCUCAUAAAUACUCUCAUGGAUGUCCUUCGCCACAGGCCAGGAUGGGUGGAAGUAAAGGAUGAAGGGGAGUGGGAUUUCUACUGGUGUGACGUCAGCUGGCUCCGGGAGAACUUUGACCACACCUACAUGGACGAGCACGUGCGCAUCAGUCACUUCCGAAACCACUACGAGCUGACGCGCAAGAACUACAUGGUGAAGAACCUGAAGCGGUUCAGGAAACAACUGGAGCGCGAGGCCGGAAAGCUGGAGGCAGCCAAGUGCGACUUCUUCCCCAAAACCUUUGAGAUGCCAUGCGAGUACCACCUGUUCGUGGAGGAGUUCCGCAAAAACCCGGGAAUCACCUGGAUCAUGAAGCCUGUAGCCCGGUCCCAAGGGAAGGGCAUCUUCCUCUUCCGGAGGCUGAAGGACAUCAUGGACUGGAGGAAGGGCACCGCGGGCAAGAAGCUGACCAGCUUAGAGGCCCCGCCGGCCCGGAGCGCUGUCAAUCCCUCUGGCAGCCAUGAUGCAAGAAGUUCUGAUGACCAGAAGGAUGAGAUCCCUGUGGAGAACUACGUAGCUCAGCGCUAUAUCGAAAAUCCCUACCUGAUAGGAGGCCGCAAGUUUGACCUGCGCGUCUAUGUGCUGGUGAUGUCGUACCUCCCGCUUCGGGCCUGGCUGUACCGGGAUGGCUUUGCCCGAUUCUCCAACACCCGCUUCACCCUGAGCAGCAUUGAUGACCAAUAUGUUCAUCUCACCAAUGUUGCUGUGCAAAAGACAUCUCCUGACUACCACGCAAAGAAGGGCUGCAAGUGGAUGCUCCAGCGCUUCCGUCAGUACCUUGCGUCCAAGCACGGGCCCGAGGCGGUGGAGACGCUCUUCAGCGAUAUGGACAACAUCUUUGUCAGGAGCCUGCAGAGUGUGCAGAAGGUGAUCAUCAGCGACAAGCACUGCUUUGAGCUGUACGGCUAUGACAUCCUCAUAGACCAGAACCUCAAGCCGUGGCUCCUGGAGGUCAAUGCAUCCCCGUCAUUGACAGCCAGCAGCCAGGAGGACUAUGAGCUCAAGAUCUGCCUCUUGGAAGACACCCUGCAUGUGGUGGACAUGGAGGCCAGGCUCACAGGAAGGGAGAAGAGAGUGGGAGGCUUUGACCUCAUGUGGAAUGAUGGCCCUGUCAGCAGAGAAGAGGGGGCUCCUGACCUGUCGGGGAUGGGGAACUUUGUGACCAACACACACCUUGGCUGCGUCAAUGACCGGAACAACCAGCUGAGGCAACUAUUCCACUCCCUUCAGAGCCAGAAGAAAGCCUCCAGUUAGUCCUGGCAGCAGGGACAGC